CAAACACAAUACUUUCAGUUUAAUACGUUUCUGUCAAACUAUACAAAGCCCUAAUUGCUGUAACCCUAAUGACUUGUCAAAGCUACCACCAACACCAUAAUCUACUAACUUCUUCUUCUUCUUCUUCCCUCGACCCGCUAAGCAUUUCCAGAAACUCAAUAUCAUCGUUUCGUUUACCUUCUUGGCCUUUUGGAUGAAGACGCGGUUAAUCUGAUUUCCUCCCAUUUUGUUGGAAAUUGGGUUGGUUUAUGACCCCAAUCCCAACUCAUCGUUGUUAAUGCUUAGUUGAAUUCUAGGUUUUUUUUUAAAAAAAAAUUCUGCGGAUUUUGAACUUGGGUUUCGUAUUUCAAUGGCUACCGAGGCGACCGAAGCCACGACUAAGUUCCAAAGUCCGGAUUUUCGUCCGGUACCGUCGCCUCCAGAUUUCCAUCCCGAGAUUGUGGUAUCAGCUCAUGAUGGUCUUCGGUUCUGGCAGUUCAUGAUUGCCGGUUCAAUCGCUGGUUCUGCUGAACAUAUGGCUAUGUUCCCCAUUGAUACCGUCAAGACCCAUAUGCAAGCACUUGGCUCUUGUCCAAUUAAAUCUGUUGGAGUUCGACAAGCCCUUCGGUCAAUUUUGAAGUCAGAGGGACCUGCUGGGUUUUAUCGUGGUAUUGGUGCUAUGGGUCUUGGAGCUGGACCAGCACAUGCUGUGUAUUUUACAGUUUACGAGAAUUGUAAGAAGUUUUUCUCUGGUGGGGAUCCUAAUAAUUCUCUUGCUCAUGCUGCUUCUGGGGUCUGUGCAACGGUGGCGAGUGAUGCUGUGUUUACACCGAUGGAUAUGGUUAAACAGCGGCUGCAGUUGAGUAAUAAUCCCUACAAGGGAGUUUUGGAUUGUAUCAAAAAGGUUCUUAGAGAUGAGGGGUUUAAAGCAUUUUAUGCAUCAUACAGAACUACCGUGUUGAUGAAUGCACCAUUUACUGCUGUGCAUUUUGCUACUUAUGAAGCUGCAAAGAGAGGUUUGAUGGAGGUUUCGCCAGAAAGUGUAAAUGAUGAACAGUGGGUUGUUCAUGCGACGGCUGGAGCUGUUGCUGGAGCUUCAGCUGCGUUUGUUACAACGCCGCUUGAUGUGGUUAAGACUCAAUUACAAUGCCAGGGUGUAUGUGGAUGCGACAGAUUCAAAAGUGGGUCAAUCAGGGAUGUAAUUCGAACAAUACUCAAGAAGGAUGGAUACAGAGGGCUUAUGAGGGGAUGGGUUCCAAGGAUGCUCUUUCAUGCCCCAGCUGCAGCUAUUUGCUGGUCGACAUAUGAAGCGUUAAAAUCCUUCUUCCACGAUCUCAAUGGUGGCAGCAGCCACAACGGUACCUGAAAAUAGGAAGUAGAGAGGAGGAGAGGGAAUAUUCUUUUCUUUUUUGCAUUGUCCCUCUUUCCUGCAGUUGAAACAAAGACAGCUUUCUUUUUGGGGCUGCAGAGAAUUUUGGUAGGAGGGAUUGUCUCAAAAAAAAAGAAAAAUGCAAAUGCUACCACUUGAAGUCAAAGGAGUACACACACCAAAGUUAAUUAUAAUUUGUAUUCUACACGUUGGUAAUGGGUUUCUAAUAAUGGCAAUAUAUGAAAUUUUGAUCUGUUUCUCUUUA